AUGGGGCAUGUAGUUGAACGUUCUAUUGGUAUUGAGCAUGUUACUAGUACUACAGCACGUUCGCUAAAGGCUGCGAUCGCAUAUCUAGAUUGUAGGGGCAAGGUUACGAUGAGGCUAAUAAUAUGCAAGUUAGCUCUCAUAUCUGUUGUCAAGAAGCAUAUUCAAACUGCAUCACUCUUUUGUGUGGUUGCUAGUGUGGUGAAUACUGUUGGCGCUUCACCUAAACGUUGCGCCAUUCUUCAAGAUAAGCGAGCUGUCAUAAUUGCCCAAGCAGUUAGAAAUGGAGAGAUUGCAAGUGGACGGGGACUAAAUCAACAAACUUCUCUAAAACGUCAUGGAGACACAAGUUGGGGCUCACACUAUGCUUACUUAUGUCCAGAUGAUUCAUUUAUUGCUUUUGAUAAGAGAAAUUUGAUCGAACUUGCUAAGUAUUAUCCGAAAGAUUUUUCUGUGGUCGAGCUUAUGGUCUUGGAGAAUCAACUUGAAACUUAUAUUAUUGAUAUGCGCUCGAGUGAAGAUUUUACAAGAUUGAAAGGUAUUAGUGCUCUUGCACAGAAAAUGGUAAAAAACCUACUUCUCAUUGUUGGCUUCACAACAGAGGAUGUGUACGGUAGAGGGCCAGAUGUGAAUACCACUAUGCGGUAG